CACUGCGGGGCAAAAAACUCUUUUAUUGAAAGAAAGGCAACAUGAAGGGAUGGUUAGAACAAGUAAGUAGCGAAAUUGGUGGUUGCCAUGAGCUGCUGCUACACAUUGUACAAAAGAUUAAAGUGGUACAAACAACUACUUCUUUGUCUGCAUUACCACGUUCCAAGGGAAUGUUACUCUAUGGUAAACCUGGUACAGGAAAGACCGUUUUAGCUAUUGCAGUUGCAAAGUACUCCAACCUGCCUUAUUAUGUAUUAAAUAGUCCCGAUAUAUUCCAGACAGAGGAAGGUGUGAGUGAAAGCAAAUUAACCGACUUCUUUCAACAAUCAAAUCAGCAUCCCAUGUCUAUUCUUGUUCUGGAUGAAUUUGACAUGAUUGCAGCUAAAUUGACAUCAAAGAAAGGCUCGUUGGAUAUGCGCAUAUCAUCCAUCUUGAUGGCUUUGUUAGAUCGAUCCAAAAAUGUCUUUGUUAUUGGCCUGUCCAGCAGAAUUCAUGCUGUUGAUCCUUCUUUCUUGAGGUCAGGCAGGUUGGAUGAUAUACAGGAAAUUGUCAUUAAACUGCCAGAACAAAGAUAUGAUAUCUUGCGCAUCAUUACCAAAAACCUACCUUUCCAGUCUGACAAAGAAAGAGACGAUAUAUUGAUGCACGUAUCUAAAAUCACGCAUGGCUUUGUACCAAGUGAUUUACAAAGCCUUUCUUCCCAAGUCAUCCUUUCAUUGAUCAAACAACAAGAAACACACGUCAAAAAGAGUCAUUUCAUCCAAGCAUUGACCAUCGUCAAACCUUCCAAUCUCAAUGAGUUUGCGAGCAAGAUACCGGAUAUUUCGUUCUCUGACAUCUAUGGCAUGGAUGAUAUUAUUGCAGAGAUCAAGACCUCGGUGAUUCAACCCUUUCAACACCCCGAGAACUACCUCGAACUAGGUAUAUCUCCACCCAAGGGUAUUUUGAUCCACGGUCCCACAGGUGUAGGUAAAACCAUGCUUUGUUCCGCUUUGGCUGCUGAAGCAGGUGUCAAUUUCAUGUUGGUCGAGAGUUCUCAGAUACGAUCCAAGGUCAUUGGUGAAUCUGAAAAGGGUAUUGCUAAACUAUUUUCUCAAGCAAGAGCGAAUUCUCCUUGCAUCUUGUUUAUUGAUCAGAUUGAUAUGCUUUUACCUAAAAGAGGCACCAGUCAAUCAUCCGAAAACACAAGUGAUAGAAUCGUUACUGGGUUCCUUACAGAAAUGGAUGGUUUAUUGACAAAGAGUGCCAAGAAGAGUGCACAGAUUGACUUGUUGGUGGUUGCUGCCACCAACCGAAUCGAUGCCAUUGAUCCCGCUGUGCUUCGUCCCGGUCGUUUCGAUGAGCAUGUGUAUAUACCUUUGCCAGAUGAAAAACAACGAGAAGAGAUUGUACGUGGUAUCAGCGCUAAAAUGCCAAUCUCUCUGAAUGAUUUCGAACGCGGUGUGCUUGUGAAGAAUACAAAGAAUUGGUCAGGUGCACAAUUGGAUAAUUUGUUUAGAGAAGCAGCCAUGGUAAGUCUCCGAGAGAAUGUACAUAAUACCAAGGUAAACUGUUGUAAUGGAUUCUUCUACAUUCUAUCUAUCGAUUAAAAACCUUCCGUGUUUUAUUUUACUCAUAGAUCGAAGCAGCACAUAUCAAAGAAGCAUUCUCCCUUUAAAAGGCGGGAAUCUCGGGAACAAAUGGUAAGCAGCAUAUAUAAAAAAAAAAGUCCGUGCUGUAAGAGAAUAAAAUCAUUUGUGCACACACACCGAGUAUUAUGUUUGUUUCAUUAAACAUCAUCUACUACAUUGUACAAACUAAAUGACAUAUAUCCCACAAUCCCCUUUUGAUUAUCAUAAGCAAGACAAUAAAAUCAUUAUUGUUGUCUUGUACCCCCUUUAAAAA